AUGGAAGCGCUGUCUCCGCGAUCAACAAACCUGCCAUUAAAGCACCAAGCGUCCGCAACUCACCAAAAGGUGGAUCGUCACGCCCCUCCGCCCCCGGCGGCCGUCAAGGCUGCGCUUUCCAAAAUCCACCCGCCUCCACCACCGGCGAUUGUGACGGAGCCUGGAGAGGAUGGCGAACAGUACUCGACAGGGCUGUUCCUUGGAAAGGGAGGCUUUGCCGUCUGCUACGAGGGACAGCUUGUGCGCAAUGGCCGCGUUUUCGCCAUGAAGGUCGUUCGAUCUGAGAUGACCCAGAGGAAAAUGGCCGAAAAGUUUCGUACCGAGCUCGAGAUUCAUUCCAAAUUGCGACAUCCGAAUAUUGUUCGCUUUCAUCGAGCGUUUGCAUUUGACCGAUGUACAUACGUUGUCCUCGACCUGUGUUCUAAUGGUUCGGUGAUGGAUAUGGUGAAGAAACGGAAAUGUCUUACGGUACCGGAAGUUCGACGGCUCAUGAUCCAGCUUUGCGGCGCAGUGAAGUACCUUCAUAAACGGAAUGUUGCUCACCGAGAUCUGAAAAUGGGCAAUCUUUUUCUCGACCACAACAUGGACAUCAAGGUUGGCGAUUUCGGCCUGGCAGCCAUGAUUCUGUCCGAGAAGGAAGCAAAACGACGGCAGACGCUCUGUGGAACUCCCAACUACAUUGCGCCAGAGGUAAUUGACAAAAGCAAGGGAGGACAUAACCAGAAAGUGGACAUCUGGUCCUUGGGGGUUAUUUGUUUCGCAAUGCUUGCUGGAUUCCCACCAUUCCAAUCAAAAACUCAGGAAGAGAUUUAUAAAAAGGUUAAAAACUUGCACUACGUGUGGCCGAAAGAUAAUGAAUGCUCAAACUUUAUCCCAUCGGAAGCAAAGGAUCUUGUUAGCUCAUGUCUCAGCUUAGAUGAAGAGCAACGGCCGUUGCCCGACGACAUUGUUGACCACCAGUUUUUCAACAUGUACCCUGGGUGUAUUCCUCGAUCGUUGGAUCCAUCUUGGAAACAAACGAAACCAGUCUGGUUGAAGAUGGAAGAGCCUCGGGGUGACCGAAUGAUUCAGGGUUAUAGCUUGGACUUUGAGGAGAAAUAUCGGAGCAAAGCACCGCAAACGAGAGACGCGAGAGAGCGGUAUGCGUUUUGCAAAGAAGCUUAUUACACAGAGUGCGGUGUCGGCCGAAAACGUGAUGGCACCUCGCGCAAAUGCGCUGGUAAACACUCGGGCAAGAGUGUCUAUUCGGAGACGGCGGCGGAAACGGAAAAGAUGCUUUCGCCAACCAUCCCAUUGCCAUUGGAUUUUGUGUACAGAUACCCGGUAUAUUUCCAUGGCGACUGGAGUACACCGGAAAGCGAACCCCCCGUCAUCGACGAGAGUAACGACUCGUCCAAGAGUUCGGAUGACAGCUACGAAACCAUGCCUGGAGCCGAAGCCACAGGGAAAGCUAGUCUUGCGCGCACAAAAGCUGCACUCGCUGCUGCACAAGUUCGACGAUUCGAUUCGCAACCACAGAGCCAUGCAGCUACUCUCCGUCAACAAGCUCUACCUGUUCGACAAUCCAGUAGAAGCGCUGCUACAAUGCGCGGCCCGCCGAAUCACCCAACGCAUACAAGGAAAGGAACAUCAGACUCUCUAGAAGGCUUGCCAGAGUUAUCUCAAAAAAGCUUGGGUCAACGGCCUGUACGCGGAGCCCCUAGGGGUGCCCCAUCUUACUCGGCGUCCAUACGCGACCUGGACCGUCUUGUUGCACCUCCGAUGCCACAGUCUGAAAGCAUGCCUAACAGCCUAGGCAUGGCCAAAACACGGUCGCAAUCACGUCGCCAGCUCGAAGUUCCACAUCAGAGGCCUCCACUGCCGCCCAGUAUGAGCGAAGGUAUACCUCGAACAGGAACACCAGUAGAUGAAUUGCGCCCCGACUCUUCAAGGACUAGAACAGUACGACUGCCGUCGAGACAACAAAUGGGUCGACCGGCAGAAAGAGACCCUAGGACUAUGCAACAGCCGCCAGUUGCAGAAAGUGCACGCGACGAGAGACACAAAGCCAGUAAAACAGGCACGUCGUCGAACAAGCCGCGUUCAACGCUUGGCACAAACCCACUUAUUCACCAUAGCGAGCAGUUUGAUCUGCUCUACCGCUCAUCGCCCGAGGAAGUGGUCAUGGAUAUCAAAGCCAUGCUACGGAAUAUGAUGCUAUCAGCUUCUCGCACGUACAGAUCUCAAAACCGAAGGCGUCCUCAUUCAUACGUGAUCAAAUGGGUUGACUACACGAAUCGGUAUGGAAUUGGCUAUAUACUAGAUGACGGAACCGUUGGCUGUGUUUUCAAAGGCGAGCAUGGCCAACCUGCCAGUGGUGUUGUACUUCGAGAUGGGGAAAAGCAUAUCCGCCGCAAAGCCUUGUGUCAAGAAAACCGCGAUGCACCUCCUUUUACGUACUCGGAGGCCGAUCAGCUAGUCCCUCGCAAUGGGCGGCCUGUUGAGUUUUACGAGAAUUCGGAUCGCGGCCCAGCCGAAAGCCGAGGUAUGAAGAAAGUUCUUGUCCCGCCGGAUGUCUUUGAGGUUAAAGCGUCCAGUAGUGGAUCGGGUGCUAUGGGGGUUAAAGUGCGAACGGAUUCUGGCGUCGACUAUGCCAAGUCGGAAGCAGAAAAGGUGAAACGAGUCAAAUUGGUGGAUCAAUUUGGAAAGUACAUGAUUGGAUCACUUGGGAGGAGCGGCGAUGCUGAUCUCAUGAGCGACGACGGCCCAUCUACGAGGGAAUCGGAUGUCUGUAUCAAGUUCUACCAGCGAUUGGGCAAUGUUGGCGUGUGGGGGUUUGGUGAUGGAGCUUUCCAGUUUAACUUUCCGGAUCACACCAAGCUGGUGAUUUCUCACGGACAGAGCAGAGGAUCUCCGCCAUGGGUCGACUUUUAUCAUCUUUCUCCGUCUGCCGCACGAUAUCUUGCAGCGAAGGGGAAAAUGCACCCGGCUGGGUUUGACACUCGCGCAGUUGCUUCUGACGACGUGACGAGCUUUAUAUCCAUAGCCAAUGACUCUGCUGAAGCCGGCAAUGAACGUCUGCGGGAGGUCUUACAGGCCAACUCGUUUCUACGCAAGAUGAAAUUCGUCAAGGAGGUUCUCACGACGUGGGUGAACCAUGGCCGGCUUGGAGGCAGACCGACUGCCUCCAGUACAGCCAAUGGAUACGGGCCACAGCAGCAACAACAACCGGACGAGAUGGUGUGGGAUGGGCCACAGGAACGGCCGUCUGGUGGCGGAGGAAAAUACGUGUGGGUGACGGUUGGUGCUCAGGGCGGCGAUGGCGAAUAUAUAUGCAUGGCAUCAAACACAUCACAGCCUCACCUUCCCCCUCUUCCCCCUAUUCCCCAAGACCAACAACGGCCAGUGAGGGAGAUGGCGGGUGGCGGUGGAGGUGGAGGUGGUGGGCGAGGGCGCGAAAGAAGCUAA